AACUGCGCUUUUGUGGCGCUCGGUGCGCUCGUGGCCACGUUCAGGCAGUAGCCAUCGCGCAGCGAGUGUGACCUGUGGUAUUCCCGAGUGAAUGUUGAUGUAGCACAUUUUCCUUGUGGCUUUUGAUCGAUCGCGAAUCGCCGAUCUCCACGCAAUUCCGCGAGCAUUGUCAGCAGCGUGAAUUCCGCCAACUCGGUCCGUCUACGGCGCCGGAGGGCAAGCAAGAACGAGGACGUAGAGCACCAGAAGGCCGAAGCUCUAUCCUUAUCUCCCUCUCGCUCUUUUUCUCGCGCGAGGCUCCUCGCGGCUCGACUCGUCAAUCAACGCGGAUCCUCGUAUCACGACUCGUAUCGGGCCGCUCCCGAGCAGGAGGGCGAUCCAUCUGUCUUCGAAUCUCGGCUCUCCCGAGCGGAAGAUUUUCACGCUAGAAAGCGGCCGUCCAGCAGGGCGAUACCAUUUUAUAUGACUUUACUUCGACAACGAGAAACAUCCAGGAUAUCAUCCAGAAGAAAAGGAUCGGCGUGUAGCAAAGGCGGCGGCGACAGUAGGACACUAUUAUCUGACCAGCGAUCAUCAAACGGCAACACCAUCACCACCCACGAUCAUUUGUUUUCGUGCGACGAGUUAACCAGCGAGUUAACGUCGAUAUCAUUACCAACCUGGUACCAACGACUGCCAGGUUUUCUUAGGGCGACAAGCGACGGACAGGCAGCGUGUAUGAUCAUUGAGGACUAUCCCCCUACCCCACCCGCCAAAUCAAGGCAACACCCGAGGCAUCAAGAUAUCACCCAACGAUUCCUAAACCUCCACCUGGUCCUGCCUAAGCACAGGGCCUCAAAAUUUUCCAGUAAUAGGCAUCGGAAGCUACAGCCAUUCAGAGAAACGUGACUGGCGUCAGCGGGUAGCGGCGCGGCACGCCUUACCGCUAAUAAGAACUACAACCCUGAGAAGAGGCAGAACCACCCUGACUCGAUACGCUGUUGUUACGCUGAGCUACCACGAGCAGGUAGCAUCCAUCGCCUGCUAUCGGCCACCGCCAGCUACCAAACUGCCGCUGGCUGGAAACGUGCGACAGAGGGGAUCUAGAAGAACCAGGACGAAGACGUUGCCCACCUGAAGAA